UCCUCCACCUGGCGGCGGUGGGUCAUACGGUCCUCCCAGUGGUAGCCCAUACCCCCCUCCUCCUCCUCAGAGUGGACAGAUAAGACCUCCACCAUACUCAGGUAAAUGAUAACUCUCACCACGCUGUCAAAUUUUAUAUGUUAACAAUCAGUCCUCUAGGUCCCGAUCCCGUCUUCAGACCUAAUGACCCCCCACUCAACGUUGCCAACUACCCGCAACCGCCUUAUUCAUCUCACAAUCAGGCUCCUUCACCAGUACCAUACGGUCCCCCCGGUGGUCAACAAAAUCAAAAUCAAAAUCAAAAUCAACAAUUCUACAUGCAUGUUCACCCUCAGCUUCAGAAUAGACCUCCACCCUCGUUUCAGCUAUCGAAUUGUCAAGGGCGUAAAAGGGCACUACUAGUUGGCAUCAAUUAUUUCAACUCACCAAAUGAACUUAAAGGCUGUAUCAAUGAUGUACAUAAUGUCAAGAGCUUUUUGAUCUCCAUGUACGGCUUCCGACAGGAGGACAUGGUCGUUUUGACGGACGAUCAACGAGACCCCAAAUUUGUUCCCACCAAACAGAAUAUUAUAUCUGGCAUGCAAUGGCUUAUACACGAUGCCCGCCCGAAUGACUCUUUCUUUUACCACUAUAGUGGACACGGCGGUCGCGUUAGAGAUGUUGAUGGAGACGAAGACGAUGGCUAUGAUGAAACCAUUUACCCAGUGGAUCACAAGAUGUAUCCCAAUGAUUCUGGACAAAUUACUGACGAUAUCAUGCACGAUAUCAUGGUUCGACCACUACCCCCUGGUUGUAGACUGACUGCCGUGUUCGACAGUUGCCAUUCCGGCACUGCACUCGACUUACCUUAUAUAUACAGCACACAAGGUGUAUUAAAAGAACAAAAUAUGUUCAAGGAUGCUGGAAGUGGGCUGCUCACUGCUGGACUAGCAUAUGCGUCUGGAAAUCUUGGUGGCGCAAUGUCUUCAGUGAUGGGAUUAGGAAAGAAGUUUAUGAACGGUAAAAAUGUCACAGAACAAAAUAGGGCAAACAAAAGUUCUCCUGCCGAUGUUAUUAUGUUUUCUGGUUGUAAGGAUGAUCAGACAUCUGCAGAUGCCAAUGAAGCCGGUAUGAACACUGGUGCUAUGAGUUACGCGUUCACAACUGCCCUACGACAGAAUCGCAAUUUGUCUUAUCAACAGCUACUGAACGUAGUUCGACAAAUUUUGAAGGAAAAAUACUCACAAAGACCCCAGCUUUCGUCUUCUCAUCCCAUUGAUGUUAACCUGUUAUUUAUUUUGUAACAUCACUCUGCUUUUAUCAUUAAAAAUUGACGUCUUUUGCAGUAAAUCACUUCAUACCU